GCGGCACGGGAGUGUUGGCGCCAAUUCCUAUUCAGCAAGGUGAUUAGCUCUGUUGGACACAAACUACAAUAAUGGUAACUGAUGGUCCUGGAGAAAAAAAAGGUUAAACGCAGCUCUGCUCAUAGCGGCUACGCCCAAUUUAUGCAAGGGAGAGUUCGGGGGAAAAAGGUUUAUAGUAAGAAGAACCGACGAUUUCCUGGUAUACACGAGCGGAAACGUAUUGUGUACUGUGGUUUCAGGACAAGUGAGGAUGGGAGAAGUACAUACAAACCGUACAAAUACACACCCGCAAACGCAGGGGGGAGAGAGAGAGAGAGAGAGAGAGAGAGAGAGAGAGAGAGAGAGAGAGAGAGAGAGAGAGAGAUGUCACCGCUUAAGUGACGCCGUCUCUCCCGCGUUGAGUGCUGAUAAAGUCAGGGAGUACGCACACGCGAACCCAGGGGGGAGAGAGAGAGAGAGAGAGAGAGAGAGAGAGAGAGAGAAGCGACGCCGUCUCUCCCGCGUUGAGUGCUAGUGAAGGGAGGGACUCGCAGCGGGCCAGUUCUUGUCAUAUAUUGCCGAGGAGAGAGAUGUCGUCACUGAAAUUACGCCGUGAUUUCGCGCAAGCAGGCAAGCACGAGGAAGGUCGAAAAUGUCCGUCGUUCUCCAUCUUACCGCACCUCUUUCCCUCGUGGUCGCUACCAGGACGUGGACUGAAUCUGCCCGCAGUUGCGGCCAGAUUCGGGUUAUGACAUCGUAGUGCAACGAAGACGUUGUUGAUGGUCAAAGACACGAAGACGGUACGGCGACAGAUGUAGCUUGGUAAGUGGAGCGGUGCCGUGACAUCUACACCAGCGACACGGCCACGUACCCACACAGAGAGAGAGAGAGAGAGAGAGAGAGAGAGAGAAGGGGGGGGGGGGGGUCGCCUUGGGUGGGCUUUUACCUCGCGCCAAUGCGGAGAGAGAGGAGAGGGGGGUGGUCCACCUUGGGUGCGCUUUUACUUAACGCCGACGCGGCGGAAUUAUAUCCCAUACACGAGCGUCUGGCAGGGUACAUACUCCUCUCCGCUGCUGCCCCGUUCCCUCCUCUCGGUCGAAGGUGAUUGUGCGGGUAACGAACAUAAAAAUUAAUGGCUAAUGACUAUAAGGCAAUAUAUUCGAGAGGAACGGUAGUGGACGAAAAAGGCUUGCAAGCUUUCAGGGAAGAUCGGAUUUUGCGAUUUCUUUCACAGCUCCGAAUGCCUACCACUAGAACGGCGGAUUGAUGAGAGGCAGGGAGAGAGGGUGGGGCGAAUGUACGGACGAUGCGGUAUGGCCUACGUGGAUGCAGGUAUCCCGAUCUGGGCGAGCUGGCCUAUCUGCGUGAGCCGUUCAAUGUGGAAUCGGUAGCAGUAUUGUCCGUCCCUGGUGACGCAGAAGAAAGGGAGAAGAGCAGGAGCGAUCAGAUGGAUGAUGAUGCGCUUGUUACAAGUCCGCUGCCUUUUCUGUGUUGAUGAAGACAAUCCGAUAUUCUGAACUGGUAGAUGGGCCGACUUCCUUGACAAGCAUUUGUGACAUGACUUCAAUCGGGAAGGUGCGAGGAAAAGCAACAGCGACGUGCUUCUGUACAUGGUUGGAGGACGCUGACAAGGGGCACGGAGCGAAGAGAGCUGCAAGCAAGGGAAGUCGAGAGAGGAAGAAAGGUGAGGCGGGGGGGAAAGAGGCAUGAAGAGGGAGAGCGGGAUUUGUGGAAGGCAUCACAGAAGAGAGAGGAGGGUAGUGGGAAAGGAGCAAAGAUGGGUAUAUAAGGUGAAGGGAGAAGGGGAUGAUGGAGAGGUUUUCAGAUGACGACACCUGGUUGGGGAGGUGGGAUGGUGAAUGGUGGAUUUCAGUGUUGGAGUGGAGGGCCAGUUCUCCCGCUAUCGUGUCUGGUGAUCGGUACGGCGACGUGAUGAAAUUUCACGCUUGCGUACACAAACUGUCGCUAUUUGGCUCAAUGUGUCUGCUUGAUAAGAGCAUGUGCUGCGCUGUGUAUGAAAACGGCGAUGGCGGGGAUAUGUGUGAUUGGUUGUGGCUAUGGGCCUCGUUGCACCACUCCCCGAUCCGCCAACAUUUUGAAUGGAUCCGGACAGAAGAGUUGUCCAGAUGCAUUGAAGAUGUUGGCGGAUGGUGAGUGGUGCAACCAGGCCCUGUGUUCAGCAGCUGUAGGUGGCGCGUUCUGGUUGAAUAAGUAGGCCGUUAAUCAGCCCGCGCAGUAGCGUAGAAAUGAGGCGAUGCGUGUCCUGACGAGUGCCUGGUCUGGAAAUUGCCGCGUGCGUGGGGUAAGGAAACCGUGUCAACAGACCGAGUGCUGUGUUUUUUCUCUUUGGCUUUUUUUUCGGAGGGGAGCCCUCGACAGUAGUGUGCCAGCAAGGAUUUGAACUCAAGAUCGGACAUACCAAAGUAGAGGAGGGGUGGCGGUCACUACAUUCCCAUUCCCAUGGUCUAGGCCCAAAUGCUAAGCAAGUGGAAUGGGCAUUACAGUGGAUAGAGCUCCUCUGUGAGCUGAACCUGUGGCACUGGGGUUGGCCACCCUUCCCUGAGAAGCCAUGGGUACUACAGCUGUAUCUAUGAUUAUCUCAGACGGUAUACAGCAAGAAUGACCACGCCUUCAGUGAAAGGGAAGAUGGUACUGCAGCCCUCUGCUGGGAGCUUAGUUAGCCAGACACUGUUACCUGGGCGGCAGCAGUAACCAGCUAUAUCUAGCAAAGGAGGAGGAAAGAGUUACACCUCUUCAGUCUGAAAGUGUCGUGACCACACCAGUUUUCGGAAGUCCCACCGUUGUCAUCGGUGGAUGUUGUCGAACCUCAGUUUUGCUCUAUUCUGACUUGUCAAACCUUGAGCUUCGAUGGCAAGAGCCCAAUUUUACGUUCUGCAAUAGGCUGCUGCUACUGCAAUCUGCAGUGGAGGUUUUGUACCUCUGUGAGGUCGGUUCUGCAAUAGGCUGCAGUUGCUGCAUUGGAGGUUUUGUACCUCUGUGAUGUUUGUCGGGGGUGCGUUUCUGGGGCUGUUAAUGGACAGACCCAUGGGAGGUACUGGGAACGGUGGUGGCUAGUGAAGCGGGCCGGUGCUUUUGGAGCAUCUUUUUGUGAAGCAGUCCGGGGCUGGGCUUCGGUGUUUGUGGUGGGACGUUCUGCAUGGAACUGUUAACUGACCUGCAGCCUCGUUCCUGUGAUCCAUGGGAAGCAGUGAGAAAGGUGCUGUCUUCUGAACCACAAGAGUUCCCCAGAGCAUCUUGGAGUAAAGCUAGAUGCGGCUGUGCCUCUCAGAUUUCGGUUAUGCCUGCAUAUGCUAGAAAGUGUUGUCUUUGCUCCUGGUGCUUCAAACCACUGCUCCCUUUUUCGCAAAAGAGAGAAACAGAAGUCCGUUGCUCAUGAGCCUUUUUCCCAUGGCUGAUUUUGUGCUUCGGGUUGCAAUCCCAUAUGGUCCUGGUAUAAGCUUGGGCCUACUUAGGGUCAGGGCCUUGCCACACCACUGUUGAAAACGAGAGUUCCGACAGUUGCAGUUUAAAUUUCUCCUUGCUACACAGCCCCUUGAAAUCCAUGGCGCCGUUGUCAGAAAAAGGUUUUUGACACCUGUUGAAGGUGGUUGCAUCCCCAGCAUGGAAAUUCAACAUUUUCAACAGGUGCCCAACACCCUAUCCAGUUUUCCUUCAAAUUCCGUGCCGUGCGGCGAAAGUGUCGUUGUCAAAUUUAUUCCGACAGCUGUCGAAAUUUUAGGGCCUCCAAUAGUGGUGUGGCAAGCCCCUCAGUUGUGAUCUUUGGAAGCAGCCAUUUAGUGAAGGUUAUGGCUGCCCCACUAUUUACAUCCAUUGUCUUUGGAGGGAAGCAGCCAUUUGCUGAAGGUUAUGGCUGUGCCACUCUAUACAUCUGUUGUCUUGGAGGCUGCUGGAAAAAGUGGGGUUCAAAGAAGCACUGGGGGUGUUGGUGACCAUCGCCUCCUUGUGAAUGAUGUGGUCCCUGGAGGUAGCUGUUCUCUGAAGCAAAUUGUGGUUAAUGCACCAAUUAGCCUGUUUUCCUGGUACCUCGUUCUGCACCGGUGAACACAGCAAAAUUGUAGUUCGGGCCUACUGAAAGGCUGGUGGUCUCUGGUGAUAUCGUCAGACCAGCUACAGUUCAGUUUUGUUAGGGCUGGGGAGCACAGCAGAUUGGAGAAAAAGGCGUGGACUCCGUUUGGUUUGGUAAACCACCACUCUGCGAGGCUUCAGGCCUCUGUAAGCCCAGAAAGGACAACCUGUGAAAAAUGGGCCUGGCCCUAAGUGAAGGCCAUGGCUGCAGAAAAUUGUCGGCUCUAACUGAAGGCUGGCCCAGGACAGUUGGGGAGGCUGGUUACCAGUUUCCGCAACUGACCAGUAGGCCCAGCCUCUGAGUUAGUUGCAGAGGCCGGCAUCUGGAUGCAUACCCAGAGGCAGUAGGGACUGCUUACUGGGUCUCAGACCGCCGUCGUAGGGACUGCUUACUGGGUCUCAGACCGCUGUCGUAUUCCACGCAUUCUGAAGCACUGGUUGGCGGCGCUAGCUCCGUGACAGUGCAGGGCAGCCAGGCUAUAGCGCUCAUUGAGGAAGGAGCAGAUCGGCAGCCAUAGCAGCUCUGGGGAGGAAGAAGGGUGGUGCCCUGUCUGGGUGAUUGGAGUGGGGGAUGGCAAUGGGAACUGGUGCUACUUAUCUGAUGGUGGCUAAGGAGCAAUCGAGUGGUUUGGACUGUUGAGCAUCACCUGAACGUGGGCAGAGUGUGAGGGAGAGAAGUAGGUGUAUAAGGUGAGCGGGGAAGUAGUAUAGGGGGACACAUCAUAUAGCAGAGGUACUACAUUGUUGUUGUAAUGAUUACUGGAGGGGAGAAGUGGGGCUUUCUCGGUCAAGAGACUUCAGUGUUCAGUGUAUUCUCAUUUGGUGUGGACACAUCAUAUAGUAGAGGUACUACAUUGUUGUUGUAUUGAUUACUGGAGGGGAGAAGUGGGUGGGGCUUUCUUGGUCAAGAGACUUCAGUGUGCUGUGUAUUCUCAUUUGGUGUGCUCUUGGCUUUGUAUUUCUGCCUUCAACUCUGUUGACAUACGCUUGCAACUGGGAACAUUUGAGUUCUCAUUUGUUGGUCUUUUGCAUUUUGGAACGAGAGUGGAUACCUUGCUAGAUCUUAUGGUGCCAGCGCC